GGGUGGCGCUAAGCACCGUUUCAGGACCGCUGUUGAACGGAGAAGGAGCUGGUGACGUCAGUGAACAGGAAGGUCAGAGUCCCGGCGUCAGAGCGGAUAACAACUACGCCUAUGUGUCGACGUGAAACUGCACAAUAAAUAACUCCAAAGCCAAAAUGUCGUACGCCAAAACGGGGAACUACAGCUCUGGGCCACUAGACUUUAACACACUGAUACAAACAUGCAGCUCCAACAUCCAGAAGAUAACGCAGAACACCACUCAGAUCAAGAGCAUGGUGAACCAGCUGGGAACCAGACAGGACACCAGUGAACUCCAAGACCGCCUGCAGCAGGUGCAACACAACACUAACCAGUUGGCAAAAGAAACCAACAAGCACCUAAAAGAGUUGGGAUCAAUCCCUUUACCUGUAUUACCAUCAGAACAGAGGCAACAGAAAAUCCUGAGGGACCGACUGAUGAACGAUUUCUCAGCCGCUCUCAACAACUUCCAAUCAGUCCAACGGCGAGCAGCAGAACGGGAAAAGGAGUCGGUUGCAAAAGCGAGGGCCGGAUCUCGUCUGUCGGCUGAGGACGGCUCUCGCGAUGAGAAGCUUGUCUCUUUUGAUAACCAAGAGGACUGGGAUCAGAUGACCACCCAGACGGAGGAUGUGGCCAUCACAGAGGAGGACCUGGAGCUCAUUAGAGAGAGAGAAACGAACAUCAGACAGCUAGAGUCUGACAUCUUGGACGUUAACCAGAUUUUCAAGGACCUGGCAGUGAUGAUCCACGAUCAGGGGGAAAUGAUUGACAGUAUAGAGGCUAACGUGGAGAACGCUGAAGUUCAUGUGGAAAGGGGAACGGAGCAGCUGCAGAGAGCCAAUUACUACCAGCAAAAGUCCCGUAAGAAAAUGUGCAUUCUGGCCAUGGUUUGUUCCAUCGUGCUGACUAUACUCAUCAUCAUAAUCUGGCAAGCUACGAAGUGAACGGUCCCAACAGAGGCUCUGUGUCACUACCACAUUUUUUUUUCCUCUCCCGCUCCAUGUCAUCUGCAAGUCAAGAGUCAGACGUGACUGGUCACACGGGUCAUCUCUCAUUGUAAAACUCCCGUGAGCUGAGUGAGGAAACCAACCGACACUUCAUGAUCGAACCUAAAUUAGCUGAAAGGUGCAACAGUGAAUGUGAACAGUGAUGCAAAGCUAACGCGGUGCAGCGGGGAAAAAAAAUGUGACACCUAAGAUUUCUUUUAUGCCUCAUUAUCUUUUCUUUUUUUUUUUUUUUUUUUUGUCUUACUUACCUACUGCACUAACACUAACUGUCAUUCUAUAUCUGUAUGUCACUGUAUAUACACAUUUUAAUGGGAACAUUUCAGUCAGAAUAGAUAAAUAAAAACAAAAAAAUCAACAAUGGCUUGUUAAAGUGAACGGAGUUAUGGUUUUAAAGGUUGUAAAUUUUUUUUUUUUUUUUUUUUUGGUUACCUGUCGUCGUGGUAUGCAUUACGUGUAAAAC